AUGAACAUCCAAGAUCUUGACUUGGACGACUUCACCACCUUUGAGGGUGGUGCUUCGGCCACGGCGUAUUCCUCGCCAGCCCUCCAGAGCGUGUUCGACCUGAGCGGCAGUGCUUCCAGCUCGACAACCAACAUGGGCACUGUUUCGCCGCAGGAUCUCCUAAUCCAGGAGCCGUUCAUGUCAGCACCCAACUCAACAGCUCUUACCGCCUUGACGUCGCCGUCCAUUUACAACGAGUCGCCCGAGUUUGGCGACUGCUAUGAUGUGUCUCCCAGUUUUGGAAGCGGCGAUUUCGACACUGGCUCGACUGACGCUUGGUUCCCGCUGUUCCCUCCGACUGAGCCCCGCGCAGAGACUGCUUUGAAGCCUACCGGCGCUGAACAGUCGCCCGCCUCGAAGUCGGAGGACCUCGAGGUUGCAGCGGCAUUGGGCCACCGUCGCAAGUCCUCUGGUGCCUCACCACCUUCAAGUCGUCCGUCCUCGAUUGCUGGGGUUAACUCCCGUCGUCGCGACAAGCCCCUACCCCCCAUCAUCGUCGAGGACCCGAGCGAUGUGGUUGCCAUGAAGCGCGCCCGCAACACUCUUGCUGCCCGCAAGUCGCGCGAGCGCAAGGCCCAGCGUCUUGAGGAACUUGAGGAGAAAAUUUUGAAGCUCGAGGCUGAGCGUGAUCAUUGGAGGAACAUUGCUCUUGCGCAUGGUGCAAAUGAGUAA